CGUUCUACACAUCAGUCUCUCACUGGAUGUGUAUUGUUUGAGGCAAGGCUGCAGUUAACAGCAGGCAGGAUGUUGCGGCUUCGCUGUAAGACCAAAAAUGGGAGCCACAUAAUGCAGGGCUUGACUCAUCAGUCCUGUGUGCAAGAGCUGAAGAGUAAGGUGGAGGAGCUGACUGGUAUCCCCUGUGAUGUGCAGAAAAUUAUGGUCGGUUAUCCGCCCUCCAGCCUUGAUCUGCGAAAUGGAGAUGCUCACCUCAAGGACUACCCCAUCAAAUCAGGAGACACACUCAUUGUUGAGGAAGAAAAAAACAAGCCAAAGCCUCAGGAUCAUCCCACUGUGACUAAAGUACCACGCCUGGAAGCCUCACCUGUGCUGGCACGUCGAGUGGUCCCUGCUGAUAAUUCCUGCCUCUUUACCAGUGUGUAUUAUGUGGUGGAAGGUGGUGUAUAUGACCCUGCUUGUGCCCCGGAGAUGCGAGGCCUCAUCGCCCAGAUCGUGUCAAGCGAUCCAGCAGCUUACUCAGAAGCAGUGCUGGGAAAGACCAACGAGGAGUACUGCUCUUGGAUAAGACGUGACGACACCUGGGGAGGAGCCAUCGAGGUGUCGAUCCUGUCCAAGUUUUACCAGUGUGAGAUCUGUGUGGUGGACACUCAGACAGUCCGAGUGGAUCGCUUUGGAGAGGAUGCUGGCUACCACAAACGUGUGCUGCUCAUCUACGACGGCAUCCACUAUGACCCACUGCAGAAAGAAACACCUGGCUCUGAUGCCCCGCCCCAGACUAUCUUCUCCACCACAGAUGACGUAAUUCUGGCCCAGGCCCUGGAGCUGGCGGACGAGGCUCGCCGCAAGCGGCAGUUCACGGACGUUAACCGCUUUGCAUUGCGCUGCAUGGUGUGCCAGACAGGCCUGGUGGGACAAAAGGAAGCUCGUGAGCAUGCCAAGGAGACGGGCCACACCAAUUUUGGUGAAGUGUGAGCGUUAUGUUGUCUUUUGUCCCUCUCACAAAUACAACCACCACCGACCCCGUGCCCCAUGUCUGGCAACUGUUGGUCUGUCUGUCAAUCUGCUUGUGUGAUCCUCUACCUCACAUUGUCCAGCGACAUCUAUGGAGAAUCUGCAGACACUGUGUUCAGCCUUUAACCGGUUCAGUAUUACUUUUUAACUGCUGUCAGUUCUCAAAGUCAGAAACGCCACUGCAGUGCUCCGAUGUCAUUAAACCAUCAUUGUAGUCUGUUAGGGAUGGUUUCAAACCUGUCUGACUGGGUCAAGUAAAAUAUGCAAACAGUUCUUAGGAUUUGUUUUAAUCUGUUUAGAGUACUCGAUGGCUGGGUUGUAUUGAUAACUCACCAAAUAGUGGCUGAUGUGUUGUCGAUAAGAACAUGCACCAAAUUGCCAACACUUACUGCAACUGAUUACACUUGUAUAUGAUUAAAAAAAGAACAGCUAUCUGGCUCUAGAAAGAAUUUAAAACAACCACUAAGAAUGAUUUGCACUAUGACGUGAUCUAUUCACUGUUGUCUUAAGCGCAGCACACAAAGUUUGACUGUUAUUCAUCAUGUUGGUUAUGUAGCAUGUUUAUUUCUGUUGUUGGCAGAUGUAUGUCAGACACUAAUACUAAAAACUGCUAAUUUGAUUAACUUUAGAUAUCUGAAUUGUUCAUCACAGUAGGGCUGUUAAUGCUAAGCUGGAUUCAUCUUUAUACAAAUGUACUAUUUGUGACAUCUUUUUGAUUUUACUGAGCCGUGGCCGUUGAGUUUGGGGUUUGAGAUUGAGGUUAUGCAUUUUGAAAUACAGUAUCAUGUUGCAAAUUAUGAUCCAAAAUUAGCCUAAUUACUGACGUGAGAGACUUUUUCCUUAUUCUUUAUUCCCUUUUUUUGAUGUUGCAACAUGGUUUAAGUGAGCUUAUUUUAAAGUAGACAAAAAAGUAACGGUGCUGAAAACAAAACAUUUUACAAAAUCAGUAGCUCUUUGUUUUUCUUCAUGGGUACAACAGGUUUUCAGGAUUUUAAUUCUAGUGUGUAAUUUUCAGAUGUCAUCAUGCUGUAAGAACUAAUCUUUUUAAAAGUACAGUUUUUUUUUUUUUGAUAUUGCCGCAAAAACACUUAGCAUGAUGAGCAUUGCAUUUCAGAACACAAACCAUUGUGAGAAGUUUGUGUGCUGACUGGAAUCAUGAAACGAGUGUAAGACAUGCUGUAUGAGAGCACUUAAUGCAUUUACUGUUCAGGUACUAUCCAUACAUUAUGUGCUGUGCUAAUCAGUAUUAACAUUUUACAUUUUUCACUUUCAAGCUCACAUUAGCAGCCCAAAAGUAACUCGAGUUAGGGUGUUUGAAAACUAUGAGUGAAGAUCAACUUUGGUUUAAUAUUUAGUGUAUGUUGUCCAAAAGUCCAUUCUGUUCCACUGUUCCGCACAGUUGUAGCAUGUUCUCAGAUUUUCUGCUAAAAUCAGCCCUCAUUUCUUUGCUACUUCCGUUGUUACUCACUGCCUAAAAGGAUGAAGCAUGCACUAAUAUUAAACCACAGGUCAAAAAUGUCAAAUUGGAGGAGGCCAUGAAGAUAUUGGUAUUAGUUUGUUUUUUUUUUUCCCUUGAAGCCAAGUUUGUUGUGGCCUCGCGUUGUAGGCUACAGAGCCAGUAUUUGCACUUCACAUGUCUGUGAUGGCAAUAAUGGUACUGAAUUGUUGCCAAAAAGGAACGUUUGAGAGUGGAGAGGCUUUCUUUCAUUUUUUUCAUUUUUUUUUUUUUAAUUAGGUCAGACUCGGUGUUGGGAAUAAACAAUAGGCAAAACAAAAAUGUUAAAUUUCUUUGUUUGAAUGUGAAUUACUUUUUUUUUUCUUCCUCAUCUCUUGCUUUAGGUUGUUUAACAGUGGUUAACAGUUAAUAGGCUUGCAUAAAAGUGAAACUAUGAAAUGGCUUUGUUGUAUUUUGUAUAUACCAAGUUCUCAUGACUCUUCAAGGACAAUAACCAUGAAUGUUGCACACAAAGCACUACAGAAUAACUGGAUUUACUUGAUUUUUUUCAAUGUUGUGUCACAAUUAAAAGUUAUAGCUGACGUCGAGUAUGAGUGGUUUUGUAUUCAUUGUUUUCUUUUUUCAGUUAACUCUUAAACUCGCAUGGCCAUUGUUGUUGUUUCAUGUCAGUUAGUGAUUGUUACAGUUCGGUUGAACU